AUGGUCAUCAUUGACAAGUCUGGAGUUCAUUGCCUCAAGGUUCAAUGCUGUGAUUGUCCAAAUGCCAUGAGUCCAGACAUUCAAAUGUUUCAACAUGGAUUUUUUCCCACAUCAUUUAACAAACCUAAGACUUUGUUCACCUUCAUGGUACUUGAUGAUUUUCUAUUGGACAACCUCGAA